UAUUGCAGUACUAAUGUCAAGGUGCAUGUGAUAAUCUUACGCCAAGUUUUUGUAGCAAUGCCAAGCAGUAAAUAUAGUGAUCGCCAACAUCUAGAAUCAUAACUACCAGGUGGCCAUUUGUACGUACGUAAGACGCAACAUCCUGGAAUGGCCGAUACCCACACCGGAUCAGACUAAUUGUAAGAUCACGCAAGUACGGCGAUUGGACGAGCUGAAUAAAGCAUAACCUUCCUGUGACUAUACAGGAAAUUGCUUCAGCUGAAAUGCCGACCACAAAACGAGUUUUACUGCAAGGGAUAUUAAGUGCCACGCACCAAAUGCAGUGGCGGUUAGUAGAUUCAGAGUAAGCAAUGGCUCAACCCGUCAAGCGCACUGUUAGUCACGGUUGUUGUUGAAUGGGGCUGACUGCCGUGAUGAUAGGAUAAAGCUUCAAGGUGCCAUCAUGUAAAGUACUCACUCUUGCUGUAGUCGUCCAGCCAUUUCCACUGCUAAGCCUACCGGCCGUGGUCCAUAUCUUUGCUAGAAAGUUUUCCAUUGUCAAUGUUAAGUUUAUCUCGCUGCCAUGAAGACGCCGAUUGCUGUCGUUGGGGCCGCCUGCCGAUUUCCAGGCGAUGUAGCCUCCCCUUCGCAACUCUGGGAGCUAUUGUCUAACCCAAAGGAUGUCCUUACGGAUGUACAUCCCGAAAGAUUAAACCUGUCCAGCUUCCAUCAUCAUAACGGCGAGCAUCAUGGAGCGACAGAUGUCCCGAACAAGUCCUAUAUGCUAGACAGCGAUGUACAUCGCUUCGAUGCUGGUUUCUUCAAUAUUAGUGCGGCGGAGGCGGAGGCAAUGGAUCCACAACAAAGGCUGUUACUCGAGACGACUUAUGAGGCGCUCGAAGCUGCGGGCUAUACAUUGAACCAGAUGCGCGGCUCGCCCACCUCGGUAUUUAUUGGCGCGAUGACCUCGGACUAUCAUGACAUUCAAGCUCGCGAUUUGGACACAAUCAGCCGAUGGCAUGCAACAGGGACAUCGCCGAGUAUCCUCUCAAAUCGCAUAUCCUACUUCUUUGACCUGAAAGGGCCGUCCAUGACUAUCAAUACUGCAUGUUCUAGCUCCCUGGUAGCAUUGCACCAAGCGGUCCAAAGCCUGCGGAACGGUGAUUGCAGCACCGCCAUUGUAGGUGGUGUCAACCUCCUACUCGACCCGGAGGUUUAUAUCAGUCAUUCCAACCUACACAUGCUGUCCCCAACGUCAAGAUGUCGCAUGUGGGACCGGGAUGCUGAUGGCUACGCCCGAGGCGAAGGAUGCGCUUCGCUCGUGGUCAAAACGCUGGAUCAGGCGCUGAAGGAUGGUGACGAUGUAGACUGUAUCAUUCGGGAGACUGCGGUCAACUCGGAUGGCAGAUCUGCGGGAAUUACGAUGCCCAACCCCGAAGCCCAGGCAGAGUUAAUCCGUCACACGUAUGAACGCAGUGGCCUAGAUCCGGUUAAGGACCGAUGCCAAUAUUUUGAAUGCCAUGGAACUGGAACGCAGGCAGGGGAUCCCGUCGAGGCGCAAGCAAUCCAGCGGGCCUUCUACCCAAAGAACGUUGUCUUUAGUCCAGACGACAAACUCUAUGUGGGAAGUAUCAAGACUCUCAUUGGCCACCUGGAGGGCUGUGCAGGUCUCGCCGGCGUGCUGAAGGCUAUAAUGUGUCUCAAGAACCGGACAAUUACCCCGAACAUGCUCUUUGACAACCUCAACCCCAAUAUCACGCCAUUCUACAACCAUCUCAAGAUUCCAACACGCACUAUACCCUGGCCACCCGUUGCCCCCGGCUCUCCAAUGAGGGCGAGUGUAAACUCCUUCGGCUUUGGAGGGACUAACGCACAUGCCAUUAUCGAGAGCUAUGUACCCUGCCAAUCGGAAAACCAAGUCAGUUACUGUAGACAAUCAACUAUAAAGGAACGCGCCAUCGCCGGCCUAUUCCUCUUCUCAGCACACACCCAGGAGUCCCUAAAUUCAAACAUGGAGCGAAUAGCGCGAUACGUGAAGAACAAUGCUGCAUUAGAUCUGGAUGAUUUGGCCUGGACCUUAGCCAAAAGAACCGUCCUGCCAUUCCAGGUCUCUAUCAGUGCCUUAAAUAGAGACGAGCUCAUCAGCACUAUCGAGAAGGUCAUUGAAGAGUACAAAGCUAGCCGAGGCAGCGAACAAGGCCAGAGUUCAUGGAAGCAGUCACGCGAACCACCAAGGAUUAUGGGUAUUUUCACAGGACAAGGCGCACAAUGGGCUGGAAUGGGGCGUGAGUUGCUACGUGCAUCUUCCGUGUUUCGCAACUCCAUCGAGCGCUGUGAGCGUGCACUAGCAACUCUUACUGAUGGCCCCUCAUGGUCCCUGCGGGAGGAGCUUUUAGCAGACAAACCCUCGUCAAGCCUCUCUAACCCUGCAGUCAGUCAACCGAUGACGACCGCAAUUGAAAUAGCUGUCUAUGAUCUGCUGUGUGCCUGUGGAGUCCACGUCGAUCUAGUCGUGGGCCACUCCUCCGGCGAAAUAGUGGCCGCCUAUGCGCUCAACAUCAUUUCGGCAGAGGAUUGCAUGAAAAUAGCCUAUUACCGAGGUUUGCACUCCAAGCCUGCGAAGCUGGGUAGCAUGCUUGCAGUGGGUCUUUCCUUUUCCGACGCCAGAGACUUGUGCUCGCAGCCGUCAUAUUCGGGGAGAAUCGUGGUGGCAGCGAGCAAUGGGCCUCUGAGCACAACCUUGUCGGGUGAUUACGAUGCGAUUGUCGAAGUCAAGGCACUUCUUGACCGUAAGAAGACCUUCGCAAGAGCUUUGCAGGUUGAUGUUGCGUAUCACUCACAUCAUAUGGUGCCCUGUGCUGCUACAUAUCUUGAAGCGUUGAAGGCGUGCAACAUCAAAGUGAAAUCACCCAGGAGCGGCUGUACAUGGGUCUCAACCGUAACUGGAAGCAGUAUAACCAUGAACAGCGAUAUGCAGGCCUUCUCUGCAACUUACUGGGUCGACAACAUGGUCAAGCCUGUCCUCUUUGCUCAGGCAGUGGAGAGGUCACUUGGUGGCUGUCAAAACCUCGGUGCAUGUAUCGAGAUUGGACCUCAUCCAGCUCUCCGUGGUCCAGUGUUGGAUACGUUGAAGGACAAAGGGUGGUCAAGCGUCCCUUAUACUUCGUUACUCCACCGAGGGCAAAAUGACCUCAAGGCAGCAUCAUCCGCCGUCGGUUGCCUCUGGGAACGGAUGGCCGAACAUUUGGAGAUUGGGAGGUUUAUCCAGGCUGUUAGAAGCCAGCCCUCCCAGCUGAUGAAGGGACUCCCCACCUACUCCUGGGACCAUAGGAGGAGGUACUGGAGAGAGUCUCGCGUGUCGCGAAGGUACCGUCUCGAAGGUACACCUGUGGACCCGCUGUUGGGUCGGCGAUUUGCCAGCGAAUUCCCAAACGAGAUGUGUUGGAGGAAUAUCCUACAUCUAGAGGAAAUGCCCUGGGCUGAGGGUUACAAGCAAAAAGGCCGAGCGGUACUCUCGGCAGCCUUUUACCUCGCCUCUUUAUUAGCUGCAGCUAGUUCUGCAGCUGCACGCCAAAGGCUUGUAUUACUUGAGGUCAGCAAUUUCGUUGCCAUGGAACCCAUCUUUUUGGAAGAGCAUGGCGGCGGAGUAGAAUACAUCACCGCAAUACGAUUCCCUAAAGAAAACAAUGUCACAAAUUCAAACACCAAACUAGAUGCCCAAGCUUCCUGUCAUGCGUAUAAUAGCGAUGGAUCGGUCCUAACCAGGCUAUGCACUGCACGUCUGACGCUUUAUCUCAACGAAGCCAGCCAGCCUGAUUGUGACCAGCUACCACCGAGGGAACGACAGAGCCACCUUCUCGUGCCGGUAGAUGUUGCUGAUCUUUAUGACUCAUUUGAACAGGCUGGCACAGCUUAUUCCGGACCCUUUCGAUGCAUAACCUCGAUCCAGCGGUCUCUAGGCGAAGCCACCGCGUCUGCAGCUUGGGCGGCUGACACAAUAACCCCGGGAUCCCUAUUUCAUCCAGCUAAACUAGAGGCAUCGUUUCAGGCAAUAAUGUGUGCCUUUGCGUCACCAUUGAGUAAGGGACUGUGGACGUCCUUUCAUGCAAAGGAGGCUCGUCGGGUCCUCCUUAGCCCUCGUAUUUCUCUGGGAAAACCUUCAUGCGAAAUCGACGCUUUUGUUACAAGAUUCGACAGUGACAGGGUAGAAGGCGAUGUGUCGUUGUACAAUCCAGAGGGAAAGGCUAUCAUGCAAAUCGAGGGCUUGGUUAUGAAGAGUAGCCCUCGAUCUGAUACUUCUAGACACCGUAACCUGUUCUCACACGUGGUGUGGGAGAGUGACCCUUUUGGAUCUUCAUUGAUAUCCUCAUAUCAUACCCCGAAGGAAGAGAUGGCGUGGAGAAGCGCAGCAGAUAUAAUCGGCUUGUAUUAUGUCCGACGAGCACUCGACGAGAUUGGUCCACACGAAUCUACAAGGUUUAUGCCCCAUCACCAACUCUUAUACCGUGAGAUGAGUCGCAUUGCUGCGGAUGGCAAGGGCUCUGAGUACUACAUUACUCACCCAGAUCAUACCCAAACGUCGGAGGAGAGUAUACUCGUAAUGAUCGACAAACUUGCUGGAAUUGUGGAUUUUGAGCCAAAUCAUUCACUCGGCAUGUCCUUGCCAGCGAUCCUGAGAGGAGAAAUAGACCCUCCUGCCAUGCUGAACGGAGCUGACCCCCUCGACCGCUUAUCUCAAACUCGGGGGAUGCUUUCUCUGCUGAAUAAAGAGAUUUGUUCUAUUGUCAAGCGAAUUGUGCACAAACACCCACACAUGGAUGUUCUCGAGCUUGAUGCAGACACUGCUGUGAUCACCCAAGAAAUAUUGAAAUCUCUAGAUGAUAGGUAUACGUCCUAUUGUCUGAGCAGUAUGGCUCCAGUAUCACUCAGCCAGACAGUGGUUAAGCUGUCUACUCAGCACCGCAAUCUAUAUUCUAAGGCCAUUGACUUUACCAUGCUCGACGUUAAUCAAUAUGGCAGCGAGAAAUAUGACAUGGUAAUUGCUGCCAAUCCGCUCAAUGCAACUAAUGCAUCUACCAAUCUCUUUGAAGGAUGCCGCGCAAUGCUGAAGCCCGGUGGCUACUUUGUGUUCGUUAGACUCACCGGGCGGAUGCCAGUGUCGUUGUUGUAUACCUGUGGCUUGCAUCCCCAGUGGUGGCAAGGGUACGAUCAUGACGCCCAAUCUUGGUCAGACACGUCAACUGUUAGAUUGGACGCACUACUCCGCUCCAAGGGGUUUUCAGGCAUCGAUCAUAUAUUUCAGGGCUCCACACAUCCAAAUGGGGACGGCCUUUCAGUCGUGGUUACUCAGGCAGUCAAUGACACAGUCAUGAUGCUUCGAGAGCCAAUGAAUUCGACGGGACUGGCGCCGCUGACGGAGACUGUGGUCUUCCUUGGAGGAAAGACACUGUUAGUAGCACGCCUCCUCCAGAGUAUUCAAAGAAUCCUCGCCGCAUCGGGCACCGCAACCGCUAUAGUGGAAGACAUUCACCAGCUGGACCUGAGUGGCCUAACAAAGAAACAUUCCAUCAUCUCCCUGUUGGAGCUUGACGAGCCGUUCUUCUCCAGGGGCCUCUACCACGAAAGGCUCCUGACUUUCAAAGAGCUGGUUGCAAGGUCCAAGCACAUCCUUUGGCUGACAACUGGAAAUAUGGCAAGCAUAAGUGUUGCUAUCGGGAGAGCAAUGAGAUCACAAAGGGGAGACGAUAUCAGCCUACAAUUCCUAGACUUGUCCACCGUGGCAAACGUUUCGCCUGCCACUGUCGUUGAUGUCUUCUUACGCCUCACAUGGUCUUUCGUGCCCAUGUUGACAGACGGGCAAUUGCUUUGGACAAAUGAACCUGAAUUACACUUGGAUGGUUGCACGCUUCGCAUUCCACGAGUGGUGUGGGACCACGGACGAAAUAAGAGAUACAAUACCAAGCCCAGAGAGCUUCGUCCAAAGGCUUGGCUCUCACGAAAAUUGGUGGAUCUCUCAUCCGAGGUGUCGACCGGCUCAGUAGCCGUUCAAGUCAAGUACUCCUGCUGUGUUUGUACGGAUGCCUAUCUGUGGUAUGGUACACGUGUCGACGGAAAGGGGAGUGCUGUCGGCCUUUCUAACCAUAUCUCAUCGGUCAUCCAAGCAAGGCCUGAGCAUGUUCACAGCACUGCCGACAAUGAUGACUUGAGCCCAGAUGCAUUGCGAGCGACUGCUAGCUUCACUUUGGCAUAUUUAUUCUUGAAGUCUAUAUCUGGGCCGAUUCUUCUGUAUGAGCCUGAUGAGUUACUUGCUGCUGCUGUUGAGCAAGCCCGCGAGCCGCAGCAAACGGUUUAUUUUCUCACUUCAAAGUGCAAGGAGUCAAAUAAAGGGUGGAUAGCAGUCCAUCCGCAUGCAUCGCGGCGUAUGAUUGAACGGGCUCUACCUAGUGACGUGUCGUCUUUUGUUGAUUUAUCCUCAUCUGAUGAUUGUGUGGUCACGAUUCUGCGCGAUAUAUAUUUUCGAACUCGGGUCCAGACGGUGGACCUCUAUCGCCGUGCGCUUCUUGCGAAUCCUGGACAGCUUAUCACGGAAAGUUAUUCUCAAGCAUGUACUAGCUUAUCGACUCUGUCACAGCCACCAUUGGAGGUUACCUCCUGGACAGAAAUCCCAUCAGGCAAUCCAUCCGUCACUGUUCCAAAGGUAGUGGACUGGACGAGCCCUGUAUCGAUAACGGGCCAUGCCGAUGUCACAGGGACCACCACUAUGUUCUCCUCAAGCGGAACCUACUGGAUGAUUGAUAUGGCAACAACACUUGGGUUGUCAAUUUUGAAGUGGAUGGCGAAAAACGGUGCACGGACGUUUGUCCUUGCCAGCAGAAAUCCACGCGUGCAUGAACCUUGGCUGGACGAAAUGUCUCGUCUGGGAGCUACUGUGACGACCUUGAAGAUGGAUGCUUCGAACAAAAAGUCUAUUUCCUCGGCUUUCAACCAGAUAAAGGAGACUUUACCACCCAUUGUAGGCGUCUGCUAUGCUCCCUUGGCUCUGUCCGACCAAGGGUUUGAGUAUACUGUCGAAGACGAGGGAAGCCUUGGUGCGACUGCUAUGAUUAAUGCAGCAACAUAUCUUGACGAGCUGUUCCCAGCACCAACACUGGACUUCCUCGUUAUCCUGACAUCCACGGUCUCUGUUGUCGGAACUCCAGAGCAGGUAGCGUCUCAUGCCCCGGCACUUUUUAUGACAAGCCUCAUUCAAGGCCGUCGGCUGAGAGGUCUGGUGGGGUCUGUAUUAGCCCUGGGUAUGAUUGUGGAUGCUGGGUACUUUGCCAGGCAAGGCAAGGAGGUGGUUCAGCGCAUGGUGGACCAUGGCCAUGCACCUCUGUCUGAGUCUGACUUACAUCAUGCCUUUGGUGAAGUGGUAGCUGCUGGGGCACCCGAGGCCGCAGGGAAUGCCGAGAUAUUCUUUGGACUUCAAAAGAUAAAUUUGCAGAUUGACGAGAGUGAUGAAAGCGGUAAAUCCGGUUGUUUUUCUAACCAUCUGCUUUCGCACUUCACUACAACGCGCUCUCCAACCAAAGAGAGGGAGUAUGCUGGACAGUCAGAUUCAACAUCCCCGCUUAGGGCUCAUGGGCAGCUUCAAGAGUCGGAACUAAAGCAAAAUGAAUACGACAGGCUGCUUGCGCGUUUAUCGGACAAGAUCAAGUCAAUGCUCCGGCUGAGAGGACAGACAUUGGAUGUGAGCACCCCCCUUCUGGACCUGGGCUGUGACUCCCUCUUGGCUGUGGAUAUUCAAGCAUGGGUUGCGAAAGAGUUCGAUAUCGAUAUUACUCCCAUGGAUGCACUACUCGACACUGUCGCGGGCUUGUGCAAGAGGCUCAUCCAAGGGCCAGAUGCUGCAGAAAUAGCGCCGCAGAAAGAAGACCAGCUUGCCCAAGACAUCGAGUUCAUCGACGUUGCGACAACUGGAUCCAGCUCAGAGCACAACAGCUCAGUUCAAGACUCACCGCUUGAUGCCACUAGUUCGGAGUCUUCCUGUGACCUAUGCCCUUCUGACUCUGGAUCCAAACCAGAACGAAACGACUUGGAACCUAGGUUUACACGUGUCGAAAAGAUGUCUCCACACCAGUCACAGAUCUGGUUUGCCGGCCAUUGGAUGAAGGACCCUACCCAGUACAAUGUGGUUAUAUCGUACAACGUUCAGGGAAGGUUUCCGGUCGACAAGUUCAAACGAGCUUUGGAAGAGGCUGUCUCCCGGCACGAGUCACUGCGGACUGCCUUCUUUUCAGAUCCCAAUAAUGGUGAGCUCCUUCAGGGUGUCUUAAAAACCCCACCACCUUUCUUUCAACAUGUCAAGGCUUCAAGCGCUACCUCGGUGUCACAGGAGUUUGACCGGCUGGCGUCUUACCAGUGGCGACUGGAGGAAGGCGAAGUCAUGCGAGUUACAGUGGUAUCUGUUGGACAAGGCCAGCACACCGUCAUAUUUGCAUACCAUCACAUUGUCAUGGACGGGGCUAGUUGGUCCACAUUCUUACAUGACUUGAAGUGUUUCUAUGAACAAAGGCCACCACGCGAGGUUGCGCAAUAUGUUGACUAUUCUCUGAUGCUGAAUCGCGACAUUCAAGAUGGAACUUUCGCAAAGGAGCUGGAGUACUGGAAGUCCGAGCUUUCACCACCGCCAGAAACGAUGCCUGUCCUCCCUCUUGCCACGGAGAAGACCCGUAGACCAAGAGACAAUUUCAAGGUGCACACAAUGACGCGGUAUAUCAGCAUGGAAGUCACGGAAAGGAUCAAGCAAGCAAGUCGCACUCUUCGUGGCACCCCGUUUCACUUCUACCUGGCUACAUUACAGGUCUUCCUCGCUGUAUUGCUGAAGGUCAAAAAUCUGUGCAUUGGAAUGAGCGAUGCCAAUCGCAAACACGAGCAGUUCACCGGCACAGUCGGCUAUUUCCUCAACAUGUUGCCGCUUCGGUUCGAGAUCCAGCAAACGGACAGCUUUGCCAAGGUGUUCCAGAAGACCUCUUCGAAAGUGAUGACCGCUUUGUUAAAUUCUUCAAUUCCCUCCAACUUGGUCGUGGACGCGCUGAAUCUCCCGCGAGUAUCGAAUGUAACGCCUCUCUUCCAGGUUGCGAUCAACUACCGUGUGGGAGAGAUCACCAGGAUGUCCGUGGACGACUUUGACCUGGAUUACGGUCGGAGUGUAAUGGGCAAUGCGCCAUACGAUAUCUCCUUCCAUGUCACGCCCUGCGCCAACGGGACCUCUAUUGUGGAAGUCAGCUGUCGGGACUAUUUGUACUCGCCCAAAGCCACGGAAGCAAUCAUCGAUCAAUACACAAGGCUACUUGAGGUUAUGUCUUCGGAUCCUUCAAUUCCUGUUGGGAGCAGUCUUGUCACUUCUACCCGCAUCAACGAAGGUGGUCUCUCGGUACAACGUGGCCAGCGGAUAUCGCACGGCUGGCCAGCGACCUUAGCUGAAAGGUUCAAGAAUAUGACUGAUCGAUAUGGAGAUAGAAUUGCCGUCACGGAUCACAGUGGCGAUUUCAGCUACUUGCAGCUUCAAACGCAAAGCACUCAUAUUGGAGUAGCUCUGCUUCAGAAAGGAGUCCGAACUGGAGAUGCAGUGGCGGUUUUAUGCCACCCGUCAAUCAACUCGGUGGCGAGCAUGCUAGCAAUUCUCCGCAUCGGUGCGGUUUAUGUACCCCUCGACCUCAGCCUUCCUGCUGCAAGACACAAAGCUAUGGUCUUGGCAUCCCCUGUCAAAGCACUUGUUUGCUUCUCUUCUACUGCUGAAGGUGUCUCAGAGUUAGGAGUUUCAACCAUUCUCAACUUUUCCGAGAUUCCUGACCUUCAAGCUUCACCCACGAUGCUCACCGACAGUGCGAAGGGUGACGCUUUGUCCAUACUGCUGUACACCAGCGGCUCAACAGGUCAACCAAAGGGCGUAUGCCUGCCACAGCGCGGCUUCAUUAACUAUCUCGCUGCCAAGAGGGAAGAGCUCGGUCUUAAUAGUUCGACGGUUGUCCUUCAACAAAGCUCACUGGGAUUCGACAUGGGACUUGCACAGACGCUCAAUGGCAUCAUGAACGGAGGAAGGCUUGUCAUUGUACCCCAACAAGUACGAGGGGAUUCGAUUGAAAUUGCAAGAAUUAUCCGCGAUCACGGAGUAACAUUCACGCUAGCCACUCCGUCCGAAUAUCUCGUCAUGCUUCAACAUGGUCGCGAAUACCUCAACCAUUACGCCGGAUGGCGCCACGCCUGUCUAGGUGGUGAGCCUUUCACGGAUCAGCUCAAGCGGGAGUUUGUGCGGCUGGGAAAGAAUUGUCCUGUGGUGCAGGACUCCUAUGGUGUGACCGAAAUUUCCGCGUGCACAACCUUUGAGACGAUGUCGGUCUCCCGGCUCGAAGGCGCACGGAGCGUUGGACGAACCAUUUCCAACACUUCUCUUUACAUUGUGGACCCUGACUGCAAUCUUGUUCCCACUGGAGAGCCUGGGGAGAUUUGUAUCAGCGGCGCCGGGGUUGCAUUGGGGUAUCUGAAUGAGGACCAGACCAGGUUGAAAUUCGUGCAAGAUCCGUUUGCUUUGCCCGAUGAUAUAGCCAGAGGGUGGACUCGACUGUACCGUACUGGCGACAAAGCAAAAAUGCUCGAUGACGGUUCUCUGAUCCUCUUGGGCCGAAUGGACGGAAAUACAGAGAUCAAAGUUCGAGGACUUCGUAUUGAUCUUGAAGACGUCGCUUCCACCAUGGUGAACUGCCACCCGAAUUUGCUGUCAUCAGCCAUCGUGUGUGUCAAGGGCCAGGGCGUCUCAGAAACGCUCGUCGCCUUUGUUGCCCUGAUGCCUGGACAGACUGCUAGCGACGUCGAGCUACAACAUCUCGCGAGCAACCUCCCAUUGCCACAAUACAUGCGCCCGUCAACAGUCAUCUGUCUAGAUGAGCUACCCCGAAAUGCGAACGGAAAGAUUGAUCGAAAAAGAAUAGAUGCUAUGCCAUGGACGCCGCCAAUCACUACGAGUCAACCGUCAAAACGGCUCACAUUGGGCGAGGGCGAGCUUAAGCUUCUUUGGCAAGUUUUGCUGCCUGGGAAGCACAUUCAACCAGAGUCGGACUUUUUCCUUCUCGGAGGAAAUUCCACGCUGCUGGUCAGGCUACAAGGCGCGAUCCGCACCUCCAUCGGGGUGUCAGUCACUCUCCGCGACCUGUAUGGUGCCAGCACAUUGGCACAGAUGGCGCUCAAGGUGGAUGCCCGGAAAGCUGAAGCACCAUCCAUGACGAUCAAUUGGCUCGCGGAAACAGCUAUACCGCAAACUAUCCUCGAUCGCGCCAGAUCAACGUCAAGCAUUAAGCUACCUAAGCAUCGCCAAGGAUCAGGCUGUCAAAUCCUCCUCACCGGUUCGACUAGCUUUCUAGGGAGAGUGCUGGUGCAGGUUCUCCUCCAGGCACCCGAAGUGGAAAGAGUGCAUUGUAUCGCCGUGGAAAAGGAUCAGGAGCACGUUCUUCCCACCAGUGACAAAGUAUCGCUCUACUAUGGAACCCUUCUCGACCCAAUGCUCGGUCUCUCUCCCGCAGAAUGGGCGUCCCUGCACGACUGUAUCGACGUCGUGAUCCACAACGGCUCGAAUGGUCACUGUCUUAACACUUACAACUCUUUGAAGACGCCGAACCUGGGCUCAACCCAUCGCCUCGCCCAGUUUGCCCUACAGUCGCAAACCCCCCUGCACUAUAUUUCGUCCGGGAGAGUCAUCCUCCAGUCUGGGCACACUGCCCUCGGGCCCACAUCAGUAUCCUUUCACCCUCCUCCGCUCGACGGCUCUGACGGUCUCACCGCAACGAAAUGGGCCAGUGAAGUCUUCCUCGAGCGUUUCGCCGAGCACACUGGUCUCCGCAUUAGUAUCCACCGCCCCUGCACCCCCAUCGGCGAUCACGCUCCCGCCCAGGACGCAUUGAACUCGCUCCUACGCUACUCGGUCAGACUCGGUGCGACGCCCCGCCUCACACGAAUGGAAGGAUACUUGGACUUCCAGCAGGUAGAGAUUAUUGCGGAAGAGAUCGCGACGCUGGUGACAUCUCGGUUCACCACGUCGGCAACUGCGGCAUCGUCUAGAACCGCUGGGGUGUCCUUUUUCCACCAUUCGAGCAAUGUCAAGGUGCCUGUGAAGAGUUUCAAGGAGUAUAUGGAACGAGUGCACGGGCGGCCCUUCCACGAACUCGGGUUGCGGGAAUGGAGCUCGCUGGCGUUGGAACAGGGCAUCGAGCCACUGAUUCCUAGUUUCUUGGAAGCGGUCGAUGAUAACGAGGAAACAUUGCGAUAUCCUUAUCUGGGUAACUAGUCGGUAUCUUAUGUGUUCUAGAGAGUCAAUAGAUAAU